AUGUUAUUAAUAGCUACAAUAUUAUUGAUAACGACGAUAAUCGCAAGAGCUGAACCCUUUGGCGGUUAUUAUGGAUCAAGUUUGAAUGUUAAUGGUGGUGGUAGUGGAAGUACUAGCAGUAUCAGCGACACUAUAUCACCGAAAUGUCCUCGUCUAUGUACGUGCACUGGCCACACUGUUGACUGCUCACAUCGCGGAUUGUCAUCGGUGCCAAGGAAAAUUCCAUUAGAGACCGAAAGAUUUGCUAUUCUAAAUGCAAGCAAAACGGCUGGCGUUGUUGUUAUUGUUUAA